AUGGUGAAUGGACGGAAGUUGGUCGGAAAACAAAAGCCCCCUCAUCUCCACAUGGAGAAGACACACGUUGUCUCAUACUACGUCUCUAACCUUCCAGAGGGUGUUAGAAAAUUCAAAAUCAGAAAGGUGUUUGAAGUUUUUGGAAAAGUGGUAGACAUAUACAUCGGAGGUAAAAGAGAUAGAUUUGGAUCUAUUUUUGCGUUUGUCAGAUUCGAAGGAGUACGAGAUCCAAAGUCGUUGGAGAAAAGCAUGGCAAGAAUCAGAUGUGAGCACUGUAUCUUGAAAGUUAACAUUGCCCGAUACAAAAAACAGCCCAACCUCGACAGCAUCUCUAAUGCAAAUAUGCCUAAGCCGCCUCUGCCACCCCCUACACACAAUCACAACUUUAGAACUAGAGUACAAAAUGGACUAAGAACCUAUGCAGAGAAGGUCGCUGGUUCUUGUUUUAACAGAGCCCCGGUACAUGUUAAACCAUCUGUUGCUUGCCUUAGUUGGGAUGAAUGCGUGCUGUCCGGCGAAGUGAUUAGUGCCCAACAUAUCUCUAAUAUGCCCACACUUCUGAAACUUGACAGCAAUGUGAGCGGUAGAAUUUACUACACAGGUGGUCUCAAGAUGUUGAUCAGAUGCAUCAAUCCACAAGAAGCAGAUGCCUUCUAUGACAAUGCUGAGAAUUGGAAUAGUUGGUUCUCCUGGCUUAAGAAAGGUUUUGACGACAGUGCUGAGUUUGAAAUAAUCACAUGGGUUAGGAUCUAUGGUGUUCCGACAAGAUUCUGA